AUGUCCACCUUCGCAGAUGGGACGGCAGGCCAACGCGCUCGUGGUAGCGGAAAGCGCAACGGCGGCAGGGCUGCCGCGGCCAAGGGCGGUCCCUCGGGCAGGCAGUCGCAGGAUGCGGAUGGGGGCGACGAGGGGGAUCAUGCCGAGCCGGUCACUACCCGUGGUGGCGGAAAGCGCAACGGCGGCAGGGCUGCCGCGGCUAAGGCCGAUCCCUCGGGCAGGCCGGCGCAGGAUGCGGAUGGAGGCAACGAGGGGGAUCAUGCCGAGCCGGAAGCUCGUGGUGGCGGAAAGCGCAACGGCGGCAGGGCUGCCGCGGCCAAGGGCGGUCCCUCGGGCUUGCAGGAUGCGGAUAGGGGCGACGAGGGGGAUCAUGCCGAGCCGGUCACUACCUGUGGUGGCGGAAAGCGCAACGGCGGCAGGGCUGCCGCGGCUAAGGCCGAUCCCUCGGGCAGGCCGGCGCAGGAUGCGGAUGGAGGCGACGAGGGGGAUCAUGCCGAGCCGGAAGCUCGUGGUGGCGGAAAGCGCACCGGCGGCAGGGCUGCCGCGACCAAGGGCGGUCCCUCGU